AUGGGGGGGCUCUGCCUGCUCUUGGUGGCUCUUUCUGCCGUGGCACCUGCACGAGAAACGACAGAACCUCCCAAUACUCCGACUGGGAACACCUCAGUGACACCGGGUCCCAGAGCGCUCCGGCUGGUGGGCGGCCGGAGCCGCUGCGAGGGCCGGGUGGAGCUGGAGCAGGAGGGGACGUGGGGGACGGUGUGUGACGAUGGCUGGGACAUUCCCGACGCCGACGUCGUGUGCCGCCAGCUGCAGUGCGGCCACGCCGUGAGAGCCCACGGCAACGCCGCCUUCGGCCGCGGGCUCGGCCCCAUCCUCCGGGAUGAGGUGGGAUGCGAGGGACACGAGCGGGACCUCCGGGAAUGUCGGGCCGCGCUGGAGCACGACUGCAGCCACAAGGAGGACGCCGGCGUGGUUUGCUCAGAGCACCAGGAGUGGCGGCUCUCCGGAGGCCGGGACGGCUGUGCCGGCAGGGUGGAGGUGUUUUUCCGCGGCACUUGGAGCACGGUGUGUAACAGCACCUGGUACGAGACGGAGGCCACGGUGCUGUGCCGGACGCUGGGAUGCGGGGAUAUGCUCCAGCGGCCCUCCUUCAGACACACGCUUCCCGGGAAGAUGACGUACCUGUGCGGGAGCCUGCAGCCCUCGCUGGCACAGUGCCUCUGGAUCUUCAAUAAAUCCGCUCCCUGUUACCAAUCCGGGGCUGCCGGGGUCAUCUGCAAUGGCUCCCAGGGUUUGGAGACGCCAACGCCCACGGCGACUGAGGUGCCGCCCAGGAAUGUCACUGUCCUGCACGCCGAGGAGGGGACCCCGACCUUGGGGACACCGCCAGUGGACAGUCCCCUCUUUGUCCUGUGCCUGGUGCUGGCCGCGCUGCUCCUGCUCUCCGUGCUGGCCUUUUCCGCUGCCCUGCUGAGGCUGAGGAAGAGGAGCGCCACGUCCUCCUUGGGAGUACCCAUGCCAGUCCUGGUGACCCACAGCUCCCAGAGCCCCAGCGCUCCCUCCGGGAUCCCCAACGACUACAGGAAGACUCCCACCAGCCUUCCCAAAGGAUCAGACUGUCUGGUCACAGCCAUUUCCAAGGAUUCUGAUUCUGACUCGGAAUAUUAUGAGUUCAGCAGCAAGCCUCCUGUCGCCCUGUCCACCUUCUACAACUCCUUGCGCCGGCAUCCCAGGGAGGAUCUUCUGCCUCUGAGACCCAGCCAGGAGAGGAUGGAGCCAUUGCCUGAGGAUGGUAUGACACAAGAGUCAGCCAGGCCAGGCCCCCCACUCCGCAGCUCCUCCAGCUCAUCCUCAUCCUCAUCCACGGAGCCCUAUUGGAAUGGCAGCAUUCACCCUCCUGCCCAUGGCACCCAGUGGCACCCGGCAGCCACCGGCCAUGGCUGCGGCACAGUUCCCCCGGCAGCGCCCGCCCCGGUGCCCUCCCAGCCCCGGGUACCUGCAGCUCCGGCAGAUCCCGAUCCCGACGGCAGCUCCAGCACCUCCUCGGGGGAGUGGUACGAGAACGUGCAGGAGACAGAGCCCCCCGGAGACCCCUCCUCACAUCCAGGCUGGUCAGAUCCAUCCUGUCCCUCGGGGGAACGCGGGGAGGAUCCCGACUUUUCCGAGGGCAGCGACUACGAUGACAUCCAGGACUCUGCCUACUGAGCCUGUUCCAUCACUCCAGAGGCCAAAUCUCCUGGA